UUUUCACUCAUUUGAUCACAAAAUGUGUCAGUUGCUUCUUUAUUUUAAAUGCAUGCCAUUUUUAAAUGCCCCUAUUUAUAAUACAGCUAUAAUUCUUUCUGUUUCGUCACAGGCACAAAAGAUUUUACAACAGGAGGCAAAAUGAAUUGAUUCAAAGCAGAACUUCACUGCUCAAGGGCAAUGAAUUCUCUGGAUGUCAAAUUGGUUUUUAAAGCAAUGCUGACUAUAAAACCGACUCAUAUUCAACAUUAAAGGUCAAACAACUCAACUUUCCCAUUUCAUCUGUUCCUCGCUGUAUGUUUCUAUGUUUAAUAUGGCUUUCAUUGUUAAUUUCCUCAGCAAUGUUUACCCCAGGAUUAUAAUCCUGCUUAAAAAACCUCAUGUAUAUGGUAAGAUUCAAAAUACCUGUGGGUGUGUGUGUGUGUAAAGAUUGAACCAGACAUAAACACAGCAGCUACUAGAGGCUCUUCUGUCAGAUGGUUCCUGUGUCAAUUAGGGUGAUUACUUAAUCCAUGUCAGAGAGUACAAUAUGAGUUAUGACAGGGUUUUUAAACUACCAUUUCAAUUAAAACGACCUGGAAUUCUCUAUAGCAGUGAGUUCUUACUGUGUACUGGUUGGUCAGGCUCCUAUAAUCAUGCAUGUGUCACUAAUGUUAAUGUGAAACAGCUGGAAAAGUCUUUCAAUCAAAGAAUCAAACUAGAAGAAGCAGAAGAAGAAUUUAACUGAUUAGCCAAGAAUAGUAGCCAUUCGUUUUUAAAGUAGUUUGUAAAAACCUGAAGUAGCUCAUAGUGACAUGGAUUAGUUAGUCACCCUAAUUGACACAGGGAUCAUCAGGCAGAAGAGCUUCUGAGCGAUGUCAGACAUAGAAUGCUGAACACUGUUUUUCUGAAUGCAGUUCUGUGGGGAAAGUAUAGUUUAAAAUGUUCCCAUAGCUGCAUUUUUAUAUGAUUCCUAAUGUUUUCAUGUAUUGUAUUUGGGUAGACUAGUUAAGGUUGAUGCAUUGUGAUUUGAACGAAUUAAGAUAAAAGUAGUUGGUAGGUUUCGGAGUAAGCUUUGGGAAGGUGAUUGUUUGCUUUGGGAAUUUAGACAUUUAAAAUGAGCAGCUCAAUAUAACUCAAGAGUGAUUUCACUAAGUAAUUGGUAACACUUUAUUUGGAUAGUUCGUCUACAAAGGGUGUACAGAGUAUUUGUGACAUUUUAACAACUUAUUAAUUGACAUUCAACAAGUAAUAUAACAUUAGUUUAAUGGAGUUGUGUAGUCAUAGAUGGUGCUUAAGGUGUGUAGGUACCCCCUGUGAUCAAAAUGUAAACAUUUUGUUGUAUGGAAAAUUCAGAAAUAUUUAAAUAAAUUAAGUUUAAGAACUGUAUUCCCUAUCAUAAUGAAAUCCUGUGAGUUGUUAAAGCACAUUCUGUGCCCAGUAUUGGGAGUCCACUUACAAAUUUAUAUAUCUUGUGAUGGUUAAAAUACACUAUAUUGCCAAAAGUAUUGGGACACCCCUCCAUAUCAUUGAAUUCAGGUGUUAUGAUCACGUCCAUAGCCACAGGGGUAUAAAAUAGAGCACCUAGGCAUUCAGACUGCUUCUACAAACAUUUCUGAAAGAAUGGGUCACUCUCAGGAGCUCAGUGAAUUCAAUCAUGGUACUAUGAUAGGAUGCCACCUAUGCCGUUAGUCCAUUCAUGAAAUUUCCUCAUGGAUCCACGGUCACCUGUUAAUGGUAUGAUAACAAAGUGGAAGCAAUUGGGAACAACAGCAACUCAGCCACAAAGUGGUAGGCCACGUAAAAUCACAGAGCGGGUGGUGCUGAGGAGGACAGUGUGCAGAAGUCACCAAUUGUCUGCAGAGUCAAUAGCUACAGACCUCCAAACUUCAUGUGGCCUUCAGAUUAGCUCAAGAACAGUGCAUAGAGAACUUCAUGGAAUGGGUUUCCAUUGCUGAGCAGCUGCCUUACAUCACCAAGUGCAAUGCAAAGCAUUGGAUGCAGUGGUGUAAAGCAUGUUGCCACUGGAGUCCAGAGUGACGAAUCACUCUUCUCUGUCUGGCAGUCCAAUGGAUGAGUCUGGGUUUGGUGGUUUCCAAGAGAACGGUACUUGCCUGACUGCAUUGUGCCAAGUGCAAAGUUUGGUGGAGGGGGGAUUAUGGUGUGGGGUUGUUUUUCCAGUGUUGGGAUUGGCCCCUUAGUUUACUGCAGUAUUCAAAGCCAUUUUGGACAAUUUCAUGCUCCAAGCCUUGUGGGAACAGUUUGGGGAUGGCCCCUUCCUGUUCCAACAUGAUUGCACACCAGUGCACAAACCAAGGUCGAGAAGGACAUGGUCUAGUGUGGAGGAACUUGACUGGUUUGCACAGAGCCCUGACCUCAACCCAACAGAACACCUUUGAGAUGAAUUCGAGCAGAGACUGCGAGCCAGGCCUUCUCGUACCACAUCAGUGCCCGAUCUCACAAAUGCUUUCCAGGAAGAAUGGUAAAAAAUUCCCAUAAACACACUUCUAAACCUUGUGGACAGCCUUCCCAGAAGAGUUGACGCUGUUAUAGCUACAAAGGGUGGGUCAACUCCAUAUUAAAGCCUAUGUAUUAAGAAUGGGAUGUCAUUAAAGUUCAUGUGCCUGUAAAGGCAGGUUUCCCAAUAUUUUUGGCAAUAUGGUGCAUAUCUAGUUAAAAACCUAUUCUUAAGAAAUGGGAAAAUAGGUUGGGCCAUGCCAUAGUUGGGUACACUGGGAAUUAGGAGGUGAAAGGCCGGAUAUGCACGGUAUGCACUCCCUGUCAAAUUCCUGGUUAAACCUCUAGUUGAAUGAGUAGUCAAAUUCUAUUUAAUUAUUCUGAGAAUAUGUAAAUAUGUUCAUGAAUCUUUACAUAUACUCUAUAUACCGUAUAUUCUGUUAAACAUCUACAGACACAGUAAAACAGCUGAACUGUUGAAUCUCAAAUAAGUUGUUGAAAUGCUACCCAAAUAACCACCCUGUAUAAUAAUGCUGCAACAGUUUGCACACCUGAGUUCAUUCAAUUUAUGAGCUCAGUAAAGAUCUGAAUUACAGCUAGUAUUAUAUAACCCUAUUCCACUCCUGACACACAGAGAAGCGCACAAGAUUCUCUUUUUAUGGUUACAUCCAUUUAUCCAUCCUGGGUGCUUGGGCUCAAUAUAUUACCAAGACAAGAUUUAAAGCAGAUGACAGGUGGUGGGGGUCAGGAAAUGUGUCACACCCAGGACAAAUCUGUAUAUAAAGCAAAAGGCAGAAGCAGAGAGAGCAAAGUUGACUUAAACCUCCUGCCAGUCGACCUCAAAAGAAACACUGCUCGUCUCCCCCAUCAGAAAUGAUGUGCAAAAUGCUUCUGUCCUGGACUCUUUUGCUUGCUGCUUCUGGUCCCCUUCUCUCACACCCAAUUGCUGAUUCUGCUGAGAUGUCCUACUCCCUUCCAGGAUCACUAGAGGAAGGCCAAGCAGCCAGUCAUGAUGAAAUGCCUCUCACUAACCAGGCCUACUUGUCUCCGAGUGGCAUGUACUUGAGCUAUCCUGCAAUGGCGACAGGGGAGUUCAGCGAAAAUGAUCUCCGAGCAGCUGGAAUUCUUCCAGAGGGAGCAAUAAAGAAGGUUGUUUUCAAGAAACAAAGCAGACUGAACCCCUUCGGCCAUUUCCUAGGAACCAGGAGGCAAUUUAGGAAGAGAGAAAAUGCCUCCGAAUGCUUCUGGAAGUAUUGUGUUUGAGAAUAGCAUCCAAAUGUGCAUAUGUCAAAAACCUAAUGACUGAGGUAGUCUCCUUAAAAAACAAUUACUGGGUUUACUUAUUUACACACACUGCAUUUUUUCAAUGGCCAAGCUUACAGAAUUGCAAAAUAAAUUUGUAUAAACAACAGGAAAAGUGUGAUACUUUACUCGAGAUGAAACAGUAUGAAAAUUUAUUCACAUAUAGUUUGAGUGUGUUAUGAAUUUUUUUUACACUUAUUACAUUCUGAAAGUGUAAAUAUAUAUAAAAAUAUGGCUUUUGACAGCUGAUGUAAAUAUUACACAAAAUAAAACUUAUUUGAAAACUC